AUGGCACAUACUGAAGAUGGCUUCAUGAGGCUCCGAGAGCUCUGCACUGAAAAGUCAUGGUGGCGCGUGCCGCACCUCAUAAAACUAAACCUGCUCCUCUUGGUUCCGUUCGUCACGAGCUACGUAGGUGGUUUCGAUGGCAGCAUGCUCAACGGGAUCCAGACGGUCCCGAAAUGGCAACAAGAUUUCAACCACCCUCACGGGAGCCUCCUGGGGCUCAUGGUGAACAUGCAAGUCAUCGGUGGCGUGGUCUCUUUGCCCCUCGCUCCCUUCGCUGCGGAUAAGUACGGACGACGACAUCCCAUCUUUCUCGGGGCCGUGAUCAUCAUUCUUGGUGCACUGGUGCAGGGAUGCGCGAAGAAUUUUGGCAUGUUCAUUGCUGGGCGGUUUUUCGUCGGCCUCGGCGGAGGAUUUGUCGCAACCGCUGCCCCUCCGCUCCUCGGAGAGCUGGCGUACCCGACACAUCGCCCCAUUAUCACCGCCAUUUAUAACACUACAUGGUACGCGGGGGCUAUCGUUGCUGCUUGGGCCACGUUUGGCACCUUUAGGAUGUCAAGCAGCUGGAGUUGGCGAAUCCCCUCACUCCUGCAAGCCCUCCUCUCGAUCUUUCAGGUAAUAUUCAUCUAUUUCGUGCCGGAGAGCCCCAGGUGGCUUAUAGCCAAUGGACGGACGGCGGAAGCUACGAAGAUCCUUAGUAUACAUCACUGCGGGACCGAAGAGCCGACUGAGCUCGUCCGGCUCCAGGUAGCCCAGAUUACGAGCGCCGUCGAGUUUGAGCGCUCGUGCGAAUCAGUUUCUUACCUUCAGUUCUUCCAGACAAAGGGAAACCGUCAUCGGCUGUUCAUCGUUGCCAUCCUUGGCUUCAUCAUCCAGUGGUGCGGUAACCAGCUCAUCUCGUCGUAUCUUGCUCUUGUGCUCAACGGCGUCGGCAUCACCGACCCCACUACACAGAAUCUCGUCAAUGGAGCACUCCAGAUUUUCAAUUUUGCCGUUGCUUGCGGCUCCGCCACCCUCAUCGACCGCCUUGGCAGGCGGUUCAUGCUUCUCACGUCCACCGUCGGCAUGUUGAUCGCGUUCAUAGUCUGGACUGCCCUUGCGGCCCAAAACCAACAGCAAGGGAGCGGAAAUAAAGGCCUUGGUAUCGGUGUUGUGGUGAUGGUGUUUGUAUUCUACGCCUUUUACAACUUCGCAAUGAACCCCCUGCCCAUCGCCUACCUGCUCGAGGUGCUGCCGUAUACGCUCCGCGCCAAGGGCCUGACCGUCUUCAACUUGGCGCAGUACUGCAGCAGCCUCUUCAACGGCUUCGUCAAUCCGGUAGCACUGGAUGCCAUAGGUUGGAAGUACUAUAUUGUGUUCAUCUGCGCCCUGGUGUUGUGGCUCAUCAUCAUCUACUUCACUUUCCCCGAGACUCGUGGCAUGACGCUGGAGGAGGUCAGCGAGAUCUUUGAUGGGAGACAAGUGCUCGAGAGACUGUACGACAUCAAGGCUGAGGGGCUUGGUGAGACUGAACACACGGAGAAGGCCACGCCGGAUGCCAAGAGGACAGAGGAAAUGAAGGCUUAG